AUGCCCGGCUCCUCGGACAACGGCUCGUCGAGCAACGGCGGGAACCACUCGGGCCACAGCCCGUCUCAGGACGACAACAUGGCGCCUCGCGAUGCGCACCCGGACAACGCCAGCGUCCCCAAGCCCAAGCGCCUUGCCUGCAUGAUUUGCAGGAAGCGCAAACUCAAGUGCGACGGCAUUCGACCCAGCUGCAGCACCUGCUCCCGCCUGGGACACAACUGUGCCUACGACGAGCAGCGAAGGAAGAGCGGUCCUAAGCGUGGCUACGUAAAGGCCCUGGAGGAACGACUCAAACAAGUUGAGACGCUAUUAAAGACCCAGGAGCCGGCAGCAAAGAGCCCGACAAAAGGCGUCGGCAUGCAGAUCCCUGGAGCCAACAACAACCCGGCCAAUGCAAGUGCGUCCAUGCCAAUGCCCAACUCCAACAUAGGCAUGAAUGGCGAGGAGCGCUGGCACUUCAACAACAAUGGCGAGUCGCCCCAGGCAGCGCCAAUGGAUGAUUUCGGCUUCAACGCCAACAUGGGUAUGCCCGUCAACAACAUGCCCGGAAACUUCACCUGGGAGAUGAUUGGCCUGGGACUGGAGGAGCCGCUACCGCCACAGGAGACCAUUGACGAGCUGCAUCAAAUCUACUUUGAAAAGGUCCAUCCAUCGAUGCCCAUGAUUCACAGAUACCGCUAUCUUGCCGCCAUGAACUUGGCACCAAGUCAACGACCACCAGUCUGCUUGCGCUACGCCAUGUGGACAUUGGCAUGCUCCAUCUCGGAAAAGUACACGGAUCUGAAGGAUCUGUUCUACCAGAGAGCACGCAAUUAUGAGAUGAAGAUGAUGUACUUCCCCAGAGCCUGGAUCAACACCGGCUCUGCCGUCCGUCUGGCACAAAUGAUCGGAUUGCACCGUAUGGAUGGUGGUGGCUUGGACGUGAAACAGUGUCUGCCACCCCCCAAGGACUGGACCGAGAGGGAGGAGCGCAGACGAACGUUUUGGAUGGCCUUUUGCGAGGAUCGCUAUGCCAGUAUCGGCACUGGCUGGCCCAUGACGAUUGAUGAAAAGGACAUCAAGACAAACAUGCCAUCGGCAGAUGAGGCCUUUGACAUGAGCCGCCCAGAGCAGACGCUGACUCUGGAGGAGUCCAUGGGCCCAUCCGGAGCCGGCAAGCUCUCCUCAUUCGGUGGCAUCAUCUUGAUGGCCUGUCUUUUCGGCCGCAACCUGAUUCACCUGCACCGCCCCGACGACGACGACCUUGACCACGACAUCAAUGGCCCGUUCUGGAAGCGCCACCGACAGAUGGAUCACAUCCUCCUCAACACCUCUCUUUGCCUGCCGUCUCACCUCAAGCUCCCUGCCGGCCUGGCCAACCCCAACGUCGUCUUUACGAACAUGAGCAUCCACACUUCGACCAUCUGCCUUCACCAGGCGGCCAUCUUCAAAGCGGAGGCAAACAAGCUGCCAGCAUCAGUCAGCGCCGAGAGCAAAGUUCGAUGCAUCACUGCCGCAAACGAGAUUGCCAGCAUCAUGAGGACAAUCUCACACAUGGAUCUAUCUUCGAUGAACCCAUUCAUUGCCUUUUGCCUCUACGUCUCUGCACGAGUGUUUGUGCAGUAUCUCAAGAGCAAGCCUGAUGACGCGCAGACCAUUGAUUCGCUGCGCUUCCUCAUCUCGGCUAUGAAUGCCUUGAAGCGACGGAACCCUCUGACCGAGUCUUUCCUUGUCCAACUGGAUGUGGACUUUGAGGCUCUGGCACUGAAGAUCCCCAAGCUGAGGGGCGCGUUCCCUCGCCCCGGCGAAAGUCCUGCUGAAGCCCCCAAGGGACUACCCGUACGAGCCGGAGCUGUCUGCGAUGACCCAGAGGGCGUCAAGGGCAUCUUAGCCUACCGAAACGAAUGCCACUUCAUGAAGGCGACGGGUGAUAACGGCAACUCUGCCACGGCUCCGGACCUGACAGAACCUUCUGGCGAUUCUCAGAGCAUGUCAACAUCACACUCGAACAACUUUGGAAACGGAGCGUGGCUCUCAGCCGAGCAGCAAAUGCAUGUGUUGACACCCAAUUCCGGCAGCAUGUAUGAAAAGAACGUUCCUGGAAGCGGCGGACUAUCCGGCUUUGGCGACGGCGGUCUGGAUCAAGAUGCCUCUGGAUCCCCAGACAUUCAAUCAGCUGGACGAACUCCCAACUCGAGCGGUGCCGGAUCAGACAUUAGGCCUCAUCUUGUACCUGGCCAAAUGUCCAAUGCUGCAUCGGGCCACGAUUCAUACCGAGCAAGCCCUAUUUCACCUCAGCAGACAAUGAUGAACCACGGAGGCAUGGACAACAGCGGCAACCAAGGCUUCUACGGCGACCCCAACAGCUUCACGAUGGCUGCCGGUAUGGGAGUUCCACAACAAGCAUACGGCAUGUCCAACGGAUGGGGAGGGCUGAACGGACCAGCCGCCGGGAUGCAACCAGUAGGAGGAGAAGGUGUUCUCAGAGCACUGAUGAACAUGGGACCCAUGGACGCUAUGGAUCUAUCAUCGUGGGACUCUGGCAACCCGCAUUAA